AUGGCAUCCCAAGCACUGGAGGCAGAUCAGGAUUUGCAGCUGUGGAAAGAGAUAGAUGAUGCAUGUUCUGCCUACCUGUCCGCAGAUUCUCAGUCUCCGGUGUCCAGUGCGCUGGAAGAACUUUGUUUUUCGGUCAUGGGAUUUCUUCAGAAACCACAGGGUUUAGAUGAAAAAGACAACACCAAAAGGUUCUUAUUUCAUUAUUCUAAGACUCAUGACUCAGGCAACUCAGACAUCAUGUCGUCUGUCCUGCAUCCCCUGCUGCAACUCGUUCCCCAGCUUAAUGAGAGAAGACUGAAGAGAUACAAAGUGGAC